AUGGGACAAGAAGCAACAUCUAAACCCAUCAAUCUUUCUGAUGAUAUUGUUCCUCGUGUGUUUUCCUAUUUCCAACAAAGUGUUGUAAAAUAUGUUAAGAACUCAUUUGUUUGGUUUGGACCAACACCAAGGGUAACCAUCACAGAUCCUGAGAUAAUUAAAGAUGUACUUAACAAAAACAACGAAAUCCGAAAGAAUAGUGUGAGUCCGCUUGUCAGGUUAUUAGUUAAUGGCCUAGUAAACCUCGACGGAGAAUAG